AUGGCAAACCCUCUAAUCGAACUAGGGUUUCAAGAUGCUGCUGAUAAGAUUCAAAUUAAUACUGACUCACGAAGUCGAAAGAUUGAAGAUCUUAAGCAUUGCCCAUUUGCAGAGGUGUGCUGGUAUUUCACUGAAACUUGGGAACAAUUCAGAAUUCAUGGAAGAGUCGAUAUGAUUGAUGCAUCAAACUCUGAUCCAGAUAAACUUAGGCAAAGAGAGGCAGCUUGGUUUGCUGGUUCUGUGAUAUCAAGACUACAAUAUUUGGGGCCUACUCCAGGGCUUUCUUAUCUAGAUGAACAACCAUCAAACGAUUCAUUGGAUGCUUAUACUGGUUCAGUUGAUUCGUUCUGCCUUCUAGUUCUGGACCCCGAGCAGGUCUGAGUUUUCCCUGGUCAUGUCACUCUCACGAUGAAGAAUUGGACAUCUGUAACUUCCUGUAUUUGUGUUACUUACUGGUUGAUUAUUUGAACUUGAAGAGUAAUGAGAGGCUAGCAUUUUCAACUGGA